CCGCGAACCCAGGUGACCGCCUCGAAGACACCGGCGCAGCUUGACGUCCACCGGAGCCCCACCACGCAAGAUACCCUGCCCCACCCCGCCGCACAGACCCGCCUUCCUGCCGCACUCGGCUCGCCUUGUGCGCCUGCGCAGCACUUGGCCGCUACGUGCGCCUCAGACCACACCUCUCGCUUGUGUCACGCCUUCUGAAGCUCCGCCCCCGCCGCCCGGAUCCCACCCCUGUGCGUGGAGGACCCCUUUAGCCCCAUGAUUCUGCAGCAGCCCCUGGAGCGAGGCCCCCCGGGUUGGGCCCAGCGGGACCUCCGAGCCACCUCAGGGGCGACCCUGAGCUUGGGCGUGAGGGAUCCCAUGCGCAAGCAGUUUCUGUCGGAGGACAACAUGACCGCCCACUUUUCUCAACUCAGCCUGCAUAACGACCACCCCUAUUGCAGUCCCCCGAGGGCCUUACCCCCAGCCCUGCCCCCACUCAGGAAUCCUUGCUCUGAACUGCUCCUGUGGCGCUACCCUGGCAACCUGAUCCCAGAGGCCCUCCGACUGCUGAGGUUGGGGGACCCUCCCAGCCCCCACUAUCCCAAUACUCCUGCUGCGGACAUGAUGGAACUCUGAGCGCUGGGAGACCAGUGUCCUGCCCCCCUCCCGUGCGGGAGACUAUACCCCACAAAGGACAAGCCACCCUGCGUCUUCAGUUUUCACAGUUCAUCAGGCCACUAGGCACCGGACUUUUCCUUCCCCCACCAAGUUGGAUGCUUAGGACAGAGCCCUGAGUGGGAGGAUCCGGGAGCCAUCGGACUCACUGAAUAAAGACGCAAAGAUGA